UCAUUUUUUUUUUCAAAUUAAUUUCUUCUAUCAGCUCGUCAGCAGCCUGAUUCGAUCAACAAAAACCAAUCCUUUCAAAAUUACAAAACCUAAAUCCCGAAAAUCUCAAUUUCCCAUUUUUAAUUUUUAAACUUCUUUCAUCCCCACUUUUUAUGCAAUUAACCAACUAAAAAGGAAUGCAAUCUCUUGAAAGUAUUACAGAUUCUCAAUUCCCUCAAAACCCUAAUAAUUUUUCUUCUUCUUCUUCUUCAUCUGUUAAUGGGUUGCAUGGGUGGCUCUUUGAAUGCCAUGGGCUUUGGCAUAACUUAGCUCUCAUUAUUUCCUCUCUUAUUUUUGUUCUUUUCUUGGGUUUUCAAGCCAAAAAAAGCUUCCAAAAGCUCUCUCAUGGAAGGUCUUAUAUCAUGAUUUCUUAUUAUGGUUGCGUUUGGCUCGUUAGCUUGCUCAAUCUUGCUUGGUGUUUUCUUCAGGCUUGGGAAUGCACUCCUGGAAAGGAAAUGGCAUGGAAUAUCCUAUCAUUAUUUACUACUUCUGGGAUGUUGUUCCUGGAAGUUAGCUUGGUGGCCUUUUUGCUUCAAGGAAAUUAUGCCAGCGGGUUGGAAGCUUUGACACGAACAUUUGUUGUUUCAGGGCUUAUUGUUGGUUUGGACUUACUUCUGAAGGCUGUUUACCUAUUUGGAUUUGGUGUCCCCUUGUUCAUUGACAACAUCGAGCAUCCACAUCAAGUGAAAUGGGGCUUGUGGGUUGUUCACAGGCUAGUGCUGACUGCUAUUUAUGGCUCCAUACUGUUUAUGUACCGUUCCAAGUGGAGAGAAAGGUUACCUGCAAGACCUGCAUUCUACAAAUAUGUUGUUGUCAUGUUCAUCUUGAACGCACUUGCGCUAUUUGCUUGUGGACUAACUGGAAAUGGUGCUGGUUUUGGGUAUUGGUUGUACAGCGCCACAAUUGUUUGCUACCAUGCCUUUUACCUUCCUCUUCUGUAUGUAACUUUUCUGGCAGAUUUUUUCCAGGAGGAAGACUUGCAUCUAGAGAAUGUGUACUACUCGGAGAUGAAAGACGCCGGUUUCUUUGACGGUGACUGGGAGUAAGCACUGUAUCAACUUUUGGAUUACAAGAUUCUGUUGUCAGUAGGCUCUGUAAAUGAAAUCAAAUGGAACUAUGUCCGAUUGAAGGGAUGUUUGAUCAAUUUCUGCACGUAGCAUGUACGAUUACUGCUUUGGAAACAAAGUCAAUGAUCCAGAAUGUACCUUAAGGUUCUUGAUACCUCACUUGAUUAGUUAGUUCUUGCUUUUUUGUUUAUCAUGUAUGAUAAAGUAGCUACAUGGUUUGAGCUCAGAUGGUUGAGAGUUUGAGUUUGAGUUUGGUCUUGUAAUGCUAUGCUAUUUUUCAUAUUAUAUGUGAAGUGCAAAUAAGAACAGUUUGUUCAA